UGAGAGCUAUCAUGUCUGGAAGAGGUAAAGGAGGUAAGGGACUUGGAAAGGGAGGCGCCAAGCGUCAUCGCAAGGUCCUUCGUGAUAACAUCCAGGGUAUCACCAAGCCUGCAAUCCGCCGCCUGGCUCGCCGUGGUGGCGUGAAGCGUAUCUCUGGUCUGAUCUACGAGGAGACCCGCGGUGUGCUCAAGGUGUUCCUGGAGAACGUGAUACGUGAUUCCGUUACCUACACCGAGCACGCCAAGAGGAAGACCGUGACUGCCAUGGAUGUGGUCUAUGCUCUGAAACGUCAGGGCCGCACUCUGUACGGAUUCGGCGGUUGAAGACUCUUCCACAAUACCCAACACAACGGCUCUUUUAAGAGCCACCCAACUUUUCUUCAAAGCGUUCUUCUGAUUACUGUAUGGAAAGGAUAGGGAAUAGGCUGGAGUCUGCUGUCCGGACGGCGGUUGAAGGUUGACUGAGUUUGGCUAUCGAAUUUUCCCCCAGGAGCCUAGUAUGAAAACUCGCCGUUGCGAGCAUCAGGAGUCAAUUCAGCA